AUGUUUCCUCCUAAUUACCUCGAUGCUGUCAAGUUGGCUCUACUAAAUGAGCCCGUAUAUCAUGGAAAACAAACCGUGGAAGCAGUACUGCAAAAACUGCAGAAAGAUGGAGAGUUUUUAUUACAGGACGGUGAUAGUGCUAACACAAUAAUACUGUCUGUAUUCAAAGAAGUUGUGCGUGACUUCUUAAUAACCAUUGAACAGGUUGGAGACAGCCACCGCUUUGUAGUUGGAACACAACGCUUCGAAAGCAUAUCAGAAAUGCUGUCCGAAUUGAAAUCAGUGCGUUCUGGCUCAGAAACGUUGGAACUGGAUACAGCUAUGUGCCGAAAUGACGGUAGAACCACUCUGUUUAUAUUAAUACCUCAAAUAUUCUAUAAACAGUUCGAGAGCUGUGUCCACUGA